UCCCAGUGCGCCAUUCUUGCACGGCUCAGCGUCGCGUCUAAGAAUAAGUGACUCGAGUCGGUUCAGUGCGAGGGAAAACAUGAUUCCGGGAUUUUUCGUCUACGGCGCCUUCCUCUUAGGGACCCUGUCGGCCGCCGGACCCUCCAUCAGGAACAGUGCAUCAUCGUCCAACGCUAUAGACUGCCCCAACUGCGUGGACGACUCCCUUCCCUCCGCCAACAGGUGGACCAUGCCACUUCUGAAGCUGGGGGAGAAGAGAUAUUACCUCGGGAUAUUUUUUAAGGCGAACUACUUUAGGGCAACACAGUACUGCAGGUUUCAUGGUAUGCACCUGGCAAGCAUAACCUCUCAGGAAGAAAAUGACAAAUUAGAAAAAUAUAUUAAAGAUUUUGGUUUCGGAAACGAACACUUCUGGACCUCCGGCACCGACCUCGCCGAAGAAGGCAACUUCUUCUGGAUGUCCACAGGUCGACCCAUCACCUUCACCAACUGGAACGCCGGCGAACCCAACAACUUCGAGUACGAGAACGGCGAACAGGAGAACUGCCUGGAGUUGUGGAACAGGGACGGGAAAGGGCUCAAGUGGAACGACUCGCCGUGUUCCUUCGAGACCUUCUUCGUUUGUGAAGUGCAACAGUGAGUGUCGGGGGAAUUUUAUAAUUAAUUUAAAGGAAGAGCUAACGGUGGACUGGAUGAAUGUAAGGCACGACAGGAUAUAAAUAAAUAGGAAAGUGCGUUGGUGGAGUGAGCGUCACAGUCGAGCAAUGAAAGCGAUAUAUCUUUGAAAAUGUAAAGUGAUAUCCUCGGGAAAACCAGACUUUUUUGUUACGCUCGCUGCCAAGGAGGUGUAAGGAUAAGGACAGAUUAGUGUUCCCUUGCAAAUCCGCGUCUGCCUAUACAAGGUGUCUCUGGGAAAUGGAAUCGACCUUCGAUGGUAGAUCCAGAGGAAAAUUAUUAUACAAUACAAUGUAGAUGUUGACCAUCUACCCAUUGCCAUAAUAGUUGAACCAAAACUGAAUGAAAAACGCUCGAUAUUAAACAUAUCCGACUUCAUCGCAAUUGUUGUAUUUGUUGUCUAAAUAAAAUGUAAAUUACUGAUAAGACCUAGUUAGGACGUAAAUAAAAAUAAGAAAUAUUUAUGUUUAAAUACAAAUAACACAGGAACACAAACAUUUUUUUUUAUAUGUACUUUUUAAGAGAAUUUUGACCUACUGAAGAGCUAUUAGAAAUGCUCCGUCACGUCAGGAUUGCUCCAAAUUAGAGUGGACUUUUUCUCUAAUAUGAUUUAAAUUUAACCAUUAUCGAGUCAUUUUUUACUCAGACUUGGUGUUUAAUUAACUAAAUAUUGAGUGAUUAGGGAGCCUCCUCCCGUUCUGGCUGAGACUCGCCAGCUGAGACCCACCACCGCCGGCUAAAGCCUGUUCUCCUGAAAUCACGCAUUUCUGGGGCAUAGCUCCAUUUUCGUUGAUAGCUCCAGCUAACGGGCCCCUACCAACUGUGGCCGAGAUUACAGAAGCAAUAUAUAAGUGGUGCCAUCUUCACGGCGUCAUUCAAAUUACUCGAAAUUAACGUACAAUUAAACUCGCUCAGCAGUGAGGACAUUUACUUUGAUUUGGGUGCAAGUGCACCAAAUACGAGUUGACGUCAAGAAUUUAUUUAAGGAGUAUUCAGUUUUAGUUUAAAUAUAAUCACAAAUGAGUAAAAUGAUCAAAAUUCAAUCCGAAUCUUUAUUGCUUUUGACCCUAUUAACACGCUUGUGCACUUUAAUUUCUUAAACUUGGCUAUUUUAAGAAAAUAAAACGAAAUUUCCGCUGGUUUUGAGCAAUUUUUUUGAGGUUAGGAAAAACUCCUGACGUAAUAGAGCAUUUUUGGUGGCUCCAUCUCUUCGUCAGCGGGUCAAAAUACAGGGGGGUAUCAAAUUAUGUUAAAAAGUAUAUGACGAAAAUUAUGUGGCUGUGUAAUCAAUGUAAAUAUCCCUAAACCCUUGUUCUUGGACUCUUGGUUUACAUGUGACUAUACUAACAGUUUAAAAUUGGGUUAGUUUUACGAUUAUUUAAAAUUUAUUGCACCACUGAUUUUGUUAUACUACAAUAUUUUAUCUCGUAACUUUCUCUAAUAAAUAUAACUUUGCUGACACUGAAUAUUUAAAAUAAAUGACAAAAAUACUGCCGGGAAACACACUAUUAUUUCAUUAAGCAGCUCAGUCCUAACCCAGUUUUAAGUGUGAAUAAUAAAUGAAUGCAAUCAAUUGAAACUUUUAUGUGCCCUUUCCAGGACUUGUACAUGAACAUUCACAUAAAAAUUCCUCAUUGGAAAACGUGUAAUUGUAAUUUUUCUUCGAAUUUUCGACCAGAGAACUGCAUUUAUUUAGAACGUAAGUUUAUGUUAUAAGAAUGCGUUCAUAACCUAAGUCAUACUUGUAUAAAUCUAUGAUAGGUGUUAUGUAUAAAGUAACCACUGUACAAAGUCGUUUAUACCUACAUUUUAUUUAAUAAAUAUUGUUAAUUUAUA